AUGGCGGCGCAAAUGGCGGCCAUGAAUGCGAACGGCGGCCCCGUCGACGGCACCCCCAUCAUGGGCAACAUGCCGCAUCCCAAGCGCCCCAGCACCGACCCGCGCGAACAGCUUAACACGUACAUCUACGACUAUCUCCUGCGCAACGACCACUACCAAGCCGCGCGCGCCAUGCUCGAGAGCGGCCUUAAGAUGGCCACCGGCCCGCCCCAGAAGUACAGCCCCAAGAACAGAGUCAAUGGCGACUCGAUGAUGGAGCCCGAGCCCGCCUGCGAAAUGCCCGCGCCCCAGCUGCCCCAGAACCAAAUGGCCGAAAACUCGUUCCUGCUCGAUUGGUGGGUCCAGUUCUGGGACAUCUACCAGGCGACCAAGAAUCGCGGCAACGGGCCUACCAAAGGCUCGCAGUACGUGUCGUACACACGGAACCUGGCACAGGUGCAGAACGAACAGCGCAACCAGCGCAUGAUGAUGAACAACAACAUGAAUGCCCAGUACCAGAACAUGAUGCGCAAUGGCAUGGUGAAUGGCGCGCCCAACGAUCUCAAGCGCGCAGCCGCCCUGAACAACCGACCGUACGCCCUCGUGAGGAUUACCAACGGCAACGCCAUGCCCAACAUGGGCCAGAUGAAGAACCCUGCCAUGAUGGCAGCGCAGAUGCAGAGAGACGGCUCCAACAUGGACAUGAACGGUCAGCGGCCGCAGUCGCCGGGGCCAAACGAGAACGCACCCUCGCCGAACAAGCGCCCUCGGAUGGAAGGCGGGAUGAAUAAUGGCAUGCCGAAUGCCCAAUUUGGUGACUUUGCGCAACCUGGCCAGAAUGCGCAGCAGAAAAACAUCGAGGGCAUGAACUCUGGCGCACAUGGCUCUCCCAUGGCUCAACAGGGCCUCGAAGGUCAGCAUGACAUCUUCCAGGGCAACGGCCCACGACCAGGUGCCAUACCUGCCAAUGCUCCCGGCGCGCCCCAAGGCAACCACGCUCUCCAGGACUACCAGAUGCAGCUCAUGCUGUUGGAGCAACAGAACAAGAAACGCCUGCUCAUGGCGCGACAGGAGCAGGACAACGUCUCCGGUCCCCAACACCAGGGAGGUGUAGGUGCACAGGGAUUCCCCGCUGCCAUGUCGCCACAAGGCAAUCGGCCAGGUCCUUCGCCAAACCCCCAAGACCAGAUGAAGAGAGGCACGCCCAAGCUGGGACAAAUGCCCGGCUCACCUCUCCCCGAGGGCGCCAUGCAACCCCAGCGAGGUUCGCCUGCACCAAAUAUGAACUUUGACCCAAGCUUAGCACCUCCAGGCAUGCCACCGCAGUUCUACCCACAGAUGGCUCACCAACAAAGUCCGAUGAUGAGGCCGCCAAGCUCCCACCCUGGAGCUGCGUUCAACGGGCAACAGAUGACCCCACAACAGAUGGAAGCGGUACGCAACGGCCAGAUGCAACAACAACCAAACGGUGCAUGGCGUGGCGCACCCCAACAACAGGGUAUGAUGCCGGGACAGCAGCCUAUGGGCGGCCCCAUGGGCAACAACCCCCAGCAACGACAGAUGCCACCGCCCCCCGCCCCCGCCAAUGACCAGCCACGACCUGAACCCUCCCCCUCGCAAUCUAACCAGGCACCCCCGACACCUUCAUCGGCCAACAAGCCAAACCCCAAGAAGAAGGGCACCAAAGAUAAUGUUAAGAAGCCAGCAGGAAAGAAGGGCGCCAACGCAGGUGCGACGCCAUCAGCAACAACUGGUGAAGAACCGCCCACGCCGACAACUUCGACACCGGUCGCGCCAAUCACGCCGCACUCGAAACAAUCUUUCAACCCCCAGAACGGACAACCACAGCAAGUGCAGCAGCAGCCUGUGCAGCAACAGUCCAUGGACCCCCCAUUCGGUAACAUCGAUGGAGGAGACUCCGCUUUCAGCCUUGGCGACUUCGGCCUCGACGACGGAGCCGCCCUAGAGAACUUCGACUUCGACUCAUUCCUACAGAACCCCAACGACGGCGACUUCGGCAUGACUAGUGAAUUCGACUUCAACCACGUCACCGAAGAAGUUGGUGGUGGUCUAUAGUCCGACAAGCUGCUCGCUGACUUGUCUUCAUGUGCCGCAGAUUGCUCCCGACAUGCCCUUCCCGCUGUCGGACAACUCAUUUGUGGAUUCUCUGUCGUUCAUCACGACACCACACGAGACCACGGCUGAGUUUGCUGAGCGCCUGCGCACACUAAGGCUUGUUUGCUGACACUUGCAGAAUGGAACUUGAAGGCCCCUAUUGGAACUGGAUGCUCCACGGCGGGGAGUGGAAAAGACCAUUCUACAGUCCCGAUUAGAAGACCAGGCGACUGUCCGCGCCCAUUGCCAGAAACCAAAAAUUCGUUCAUAUACCCUCCUCGAUUUCGAUCGCUUUUUCUCUUUUCUCACUAGUUUCUCCGGUGCAUCGGAUGGGCGGCGGAACUAUUUUUACUCUUUACCCUCUCCUGGUUUCGACUGAAUGUGUGUUGGAUAUAUAUCUCCUCUUGGUGUUUUUACAACGGGGGCGCUCAUUGUACUUUUUUUGGCUUCGGCUCUUGAUUUGUAAACCCAUUCGCUUUGACGCCCGAUGAAGGCGUUGGGGGGGUUCUUCAUGGCUUUCUCUCCUCGAGAAGAACGCGAGUGGAGGGGGUGAGCAUGGAGAAGCGGGAUAUAGCCGUACUGUGUGCUUAUACCAUCAUAU